CCGACGUGGAUUUACUGGGGAACAGAUCCGCACGACGUUCACAAUAUCUUUUUCUGUAGAUCCCACACAUUUAUGAUUGUCUUCACGCCACUGUGCGGAUCUGCGCAGUCUACGUCGGUACCAAAUGCGUUCUGCUACCUCCUCCAGAUCGAUGACAUUCGUGUCCUCCUCGACUGCGGUGCCCCUGACUGGCGACUGGGCGCAGGCGAAGACGUGGAAGGGGAGGAUGAGGCAGCAAGCAGACGGGAAACGAAGAAGUGGUGGUCGGAGUAUCUGAGUCUUCUAACACGGACUGCCCCUGAAAUAGACCUCGUCUUAUUCACUCAUGGAUCACUGCAACACAUCGGCUUAUAUUCGUAUGCUCGAGCUAAGCUUGGGCUGUCAGCGCCUGCUUUCGCAACCUUACCUGUCCAAGCGCUGGGUCGUAUCGCGGUGUUGGAGGAUGUUGAAGGAUGGCGAGCAGAGGUCGACGUCGACAAUGAGGUGCCAGAAGAAUACUCUGGCGAUGGCGAUGUGAAAAUGGAAUCUGGGAUACAGUUACUUCACAAAGCCAUUGCGACGGCGGACGUCGUAAAGGAAGCAUUCGACUCCAUAACGACUUUGAAGUACUCCCAGGCAACCCAACUCACCGGGAAACUACAAGCACUGACGCUGACGGCUUAUUCUGCAUCACACACCCUCGGCGGCACUCUAUGGAAGCUGCGCUCAGCAUCGUCCGGGACGCUCCUCUACGCAGUUGGGUUGAAUCACAUGAAGGAACAACAUUUGGAUGGUACAGCUCUGGUCCGACCCGGCGGAGGCGGAGUUGGAGAGGGGCUGGGACGGCCGGAUCUUCUAAUCACUGAUGCAGGACGGGUUGGGAUUAUCAGCGUUCGAAGGCGAGAGCGAGAGGAAGCUUUCCUUGAAUCAAUAACCAAUACUCUGCGCUCUUCUGGAUCAGUGCUGAUCCCUGUCGAUGCCUCAACGCGAUUGGUUGAGCUGCUCAUUAUAUUGGACCAACAUUGGACUCAGGCGAAGACGCGUGCCCCACUCUGUCUCGUCUCAAGAACCGGGAAGGAAUGCGUCACCUUUGUACGAUCAUUGAUGGAGUGGAUGGGUGGAUGGAUUACGAGAGAGGGAGAGGUUCCUACAAUCGGUAAGGACAGCAAGAAGAGGAAAAGGCGAAACCGCAAGGAUGAAGAAGAUAUUGAAGAAGAGGAUGCGUUGUUGGCCAACAUGAUUCUUCGAUUCAAGCAUCUGCAGAUUUUUCCCUCUCCGGAAGCUCUGAUGGACGCAAUUCACCCAUCCGCGCCUAAAGUCAUCCUGGCUACUCCCCUCACGAUGUCGCAUGGGGCAUCAAGAGCCAUGUUCGAGUCGUUCUCGAGCAUGCGCAAUAAUCUAUUGCUUUUAGUCAAUAUCGCGGAGAAGGGUACAUUGGCCCGCAGCUUGUGGGAUAUUUGGCAACGUGAACAGGCCGAAACUGCGAAAUGGGGUAAAGGACGACUCGGUGCUAUUGUGAAGGCAGAAACCGAUAUCAGUGUAAGGAUGAACGCGAAGGUGCCAUUAGCAGGGGUAGAGCUGGAAGAGUAUUUGAAUGCGGAGAAGGCUGCAAAGGAGAAGGCUGCUGCUGAAGCUGCUGCUCGACCACAGCUUCUGCUAGAAGCAGACGACGACGACGAAGGCGAUUCUGAAGACGAGGCCAGUGAUGCGUCUAGCGAGUUGGCAGUUGAGGAAGAACUUGGUGGAGGUACGGAUGAAGGGGUAGCAACACGACACUUUGCGGAAGGCAGUGGCGCCAAAGGAGCCGGAGCAGAGGAAGAAGAGGCCGAUUCGGCGAGGCAACAACUUUCUUUCGACAUCUAUCUUAAGGGCAAGGUUGCACGAGCUACAUUCUUCAAGUCUUCGUCGGGAGCCCAGGCGACCCGCUAUCGCAUGUUCCCCUACGUCGAGAAGCGGAGAAGGAUUGACGAGUGGGGUGAAACCAUUGAUGUGGGAACCUGGAUGCGACGCGGCAAAAAGUGGGAGGAGGAAGAAGAAACGGAGGAGAAUCAAGCAGCCAAGGAAGCAAGGCGCAAGAGACAGGAGGAAGAGCAGGCUCAGCACGCUCCUCCUGAACCACCAUCGAAGUAUAUCACAGAGCAACAUUCGAUUGACGUGCGAUGCAAGGUGUACUUCGUAGACUUCGAAGGCCUGAAUGAUGGAAGGGCAACGAAGAUGAUCGUGCCCCAGGUCAACCCGCGCAAAAUGAUUCUGGUUGCGUCCCAGCCAGAAGCGACCGCCGAAUUAAUGCAAGCAUGUGGAGAAAUUCGAUCUAUGACGCGAGAAAUAUCCACGCCAGGCGUAGGAGAAGAGGUCAAGAUUGGCGAGCACUCCCAUAGCUAUUCUAUCUCAGUGGGAGAAACGUUGUUCUCGACCUUGAAAAUGUCAAAGUUCGAGGACAACGAAGUUGCUUUUGUAUCUGGACGAAUAGCCUUCAACCCCAAUUCUGCUAUCCCUGUACUCGAGCCGGCCGCUUCGGCCAAGUCUCAAGAUUCGGCCGUUGUACCCACAGGAACGGACCAAGCUCGAGAGGAGCAAACAAUGAUCGCCACGGUCCCGGCACAAAUUUUACCACAGACAACUCUUAUCGGAGACCUCCGCCUGACCGCUUUGAAGGCCCGCCUGAGCACCCUGGGUAUUACUGCGGACUUUGCGGGAGAGGGUGUUUUGAUCUGUGGCCUGAGUCAAACAGGAAACGGAGGAUCAGACACGGACAUUGUAUCGGUGCGCAAGAUGGGACGCGGCAGAGUCGAGGUAGCGGGGAAUGUCAGCGAUGUGUAUUAUACUGUUAGGAGGGAGCUAUACGGGUUGUAUGCCCAAGUUGCUGGGUGA